CUUUUUUCACACAUGGAUGGGAUGGGUACUGGAAGACAGGCUGUAUAAAGGAUAAAGGAUACUAAGGAUAGCUACCUCUUGUCUUCUGCUUACAAGUUACUGGAUAUACUAUACUGUCCUUUGCUGCACUAAUCUCACUGUGGGUCCCUCGCAAAUCAUAUUAAAUACUACCAAGUAACGAACGAUACGAUACUCCUUGACACCCCCGCCGCUGGCCCAAUCACUAGCUAACGCUUCAGUAGCUCCUAUGGAUUCCAUGAACUCUUGCCUGCCUCUUUGAUGUAUCCAAUAAUGAUGUUAAUGAUACCUCCGCACUUGGCUCCUUGAAGCAACAGGAUUGUCAUAACCUAUUUAUUCAUACUCUUUCCUUGGGUGUUUGCACGCUGGUGGGAGGGAGUAAACAAAGGGUCAAGGCAAAGUUGAAAAAAGGAACAGAGCGGGGGAAAAGGGAGAAGAGACUGCCUGAUUUCCUAAUGACUAUGGCCCUAUUUCACUACCCUUGAUUUCCCGCGCGUUGUGUUACCAAACCCGCUUUCGACUCUGACGGAAUACAAGAUAUAAUGGAACUGGCUGUGAGAAGAAGAGGCCUUGGGCGGGUUCUUGUUUCUGUUUCUUUUCCUGCUUGGGGACGAAAAUCUGUGGCCAGGGAUGGAUGGCGGCGUGCCUUUUCCGCAGCUGCGCAUCUCCGCAAGGUCGAAGAUAUUGGCCGUCUGCCGGAUUCCGUUUUCCCACGGUAUGAAGAAUCGCGGGGUAGUGAUCUCCUAGCUCUCCGGUGGCCAAAACCACCACAGAAUGUCCUCCUCGUUAGAAAGAAAGGGGCACCACAUGUGACCCAGUCACUCAUUGAAUUCGCAAAUCACAUAAAGUCGACCUAUUCCCCUAUUUCUGUUAUAUUGGAGCGCGAAACCGCUGCGGAAGUUCACGAUGUGCUGCCAUUCCCUGUAUAUACUAACCUGGACUCGGAAAAACUACCGCCAGAGAAAAUCGAUCUCACAGUCACAAUGGGCGGUGACGGAACCAUCCUACGCGCAUCUUCCUUCUUUGCAACAUCCACAAUAGUCCCGCCAAUUCUAGCUUUCAGCAUGGGAACGCUAGGGUUUCUCGGAGAAUGGAAGUUUUCAGAAUACAAAGGUGCCUUUAGGGAAGUAUAUAUGUCCGGAGCCGGACCAGGGAACCACGCAUCUCUAUUAGAGCGGUGUGUGGAAAGUGCGAGUCCAGACGACACCCUAUCGGCGUCGACGACGCCACCCUCAUCAGCACAGGGCUGGGAUUUAGUUCGCGGAAAGUCCAUGGGAGCAUCAAGACCCGCAAAGAUCCUCGUUCGCAGCCGCCUACGGGUGGGAGUAUACACUCCAGACGGGCGCCCGGUGCACCGCGACGGUGCAACGAUGGCCUCCCCCUCGGACGACGACGGCGGCGUUCACGCCAUGAACGAAGUGGUCAUCCACCGCGGCAAACAACCACACCUUGCCAUCGUCGAGGUCUACGUGGGCGGGCGCUUCCUCACCGAAGCAGUCGCGGAUGGCAUGAUCAUCUCCACACCCACGGGCAGCACAGCAUACAGCCUCAGCAGCGGCGGGAGCAUCAUCCACCCGCUCGUGCCGUCCUUGCUGGUCACGCCCAUCUGUCCACGUAGUCUUAGCUUCCGCCCUCUUGUCAUCCCUUCUAGCACGCCUGUGACGCUAAGACUUAGCGAGAAGAAUCGCGGGCGUGAGGUUGAAGUUAGUAUUGACGGGGUGAUGAUGGCGCAGGGGUUGAGGGUUGGGAUGGAGGUGAGGGUGUGGGGAGAGGAGAUUCAGAAGAGUAACGGGGAGUGGAAAGGGGGGAUUCCGUGUGUGAUGAGGAAGACGCUGGGAGAUGGGAAUGGUGGGAAUGGUGGUGGAGGUGAUGCGGCAGAUGGGUGGGUGGGGGGUUUGAAUGGGUUGUUGAAGUUUAAUUAUCCGUUUGGGUCGGAGGUAUGAGAUGAACAGGCCAGGAGAGAUUGCUCCUCUCUAUUUUUUAUUUCGUGGUAUAAGGUGGUUCGACAGUUUGUGAUGUGAUGAACGCCCCGUGAAGUCCUCAUUUAUUAUCUUUCUCCUUUUUAACGACUGAUUGAUUUAGUUCACUGUACUGCCCUGUCACGCAUUCGGUAACUUCGUCAUUCUACAUCCUCCCUUCCCAUCUCGCGUGUCUAUUAUACCUACAUGGACUGAAUCUGUUUACCCUUUUCCUACUCUUAAGACUCACUACACACUCCCACCCCUUUUUCCCACAGCCCAAUCCGUCUCCCCGCUUAUUUAUUCUACGAAUAUCGUAUAUAUGUUUAUAUGUAUAUACCUGCGGGCUAAUUUACAUAGCUCUGCCUACCUACCUACCUACCUACCUA